GGCACGACUGGGCGGCAUACAGUCAUGACAAGGUGUUUGUAGACUCGUGGAUGCAGCUGUAGCCGAAGCCGAAAACCGCUGCUGCUUUGCUCAAGUGCCAGUGGCUUCCGGCUGCGUAAUGGCUCAAGGUGAAAGGAUCCAUGGGCAACCAAGCCCUGUGUGGUGAAAAAGGAAUAAAAUGUGGUGAGCAAUGCACUCAAUUGACGAUUUCGCAACCCCUGGACAGCACGGUCGAGGAGCCUGAACCUGCCGGUGCUGUGUUCCCCGACACGCUUGAAGGCCUCAAUGCCAUUGAUCGUAACCUGCUUCUCUUCAGCACCUCUCAAAACUUGGCGGCGGUGCGGUGGCUCCUGGUGCUGGGGGCGAAUCGCAGGGUCACAGACCAAAAUGGCACCACGUGCCUCCAUGCCGCUUGCAGAAGUGGUUCCUGCAGCAUUGUGGAGGUGCUGACCUUCUUAGAUGAACGAGGUUGCCCAGGUGAGGAGAAGGAGGUGGAGGAUGCCAAAGCAGGCCAAGAAGUUCGAGAUGAGGCCGGCUGGACCCCACUACAUGUGGCCGCCUUCAUGGGACGUCAAGACGCGGUGAAGGUCCUGCUGCGGAAUGGUGCCAAUGUACAAGCCCGGACUGGCAAAGGUCAACUUGCAGUUGAACUUUGUUCUGAUGUGGCUACCCGGCGACUCUUGCAGAAAGAGAUGCGAGAGACCAAUGCUUUUCACCCGACCGACCGGAUAGCAGGUAUGGAGUUGCUGGAAGAGAGGACCUCCCGCCGAGUGGAGGGCUUCGAGGGCCUUCAAAGCCUUCAGAUCGAAGGUCAUGUUUUGUCCAGAUCAUGCGUUCCAUCUCCUUCACGGGAGAUUCGCUUCGAGCCCUUCUUUGUGCCCCGCACGCCGCUCAUCCCCGACGAGGAGAUGGAGUUGGAGCUUGUGGAGCUUUGUGCAUAUAUGGGCUGCCAAAUCUUUGAGGCCCAGCCCGGGCGAGGCCUCGCCUUCCUGGUGGUGUCGGGCUGUGUGAGGGAUUAUCCUAUCGACUUGGUGGGCUUCAUCCGCACCGCGCGGCUGAACCCCUUGCAGGUGGGAACCUUCCUGGGCGAGGACUUCUCCAUUGCAAAGAUCCUCCGCAUGGAAUUCUUGAAUUCAGUUUGCCUCGUGGACACGGGGAUUGUGUCGGCAUUGCGCACAGGCCUUGAGGGUCUUCAAGUGCCGCAAGAUUUGCAGAAGAUGCAUCGCUUGUUGGGUGGCUUGUCGGAGGUCUGGUGGCGGCAGCAGCUCAGAGCAGCUCGGAGCGGCGCGCUGAAGAAGCGGAAGAGUGGCGACAAAGAGGAGCUCGUCGCUGAGCUCAGCGCCCCGCUGGCGGCCGCGGUGGAUGCCCUGCAGGAUGAGCUCCGAGGUGCCAGUUUAAGGGCGAUCUUGCCAUCCAUCAACAGUUUACACCAGCUGUUCUUCUCCACUGUGAUGCUGCACUGGAACUUGCACGCCCCUGCGCUCCCGGCCUCUCAGAAGUUGAGCUUUGAGUCCUGGAUGGCGUUGAACCGAAGUGGCAGCAAGGAGGAUGUGCCUGAGUGGCUGCUGGAGAAUAUCUACACCACCGUGGCACAAGCUCCUAUCAAGGAGCUUUCUUUGGAGCCUGAUGAGGCCUUGCGAAAGCCCUCACUGGGCCGUAGCCAUGGCCUACUGGUCAUGGCCAAAGCCGAAGGCUGGGCGGUCGUCCAGGGCGAUGGCCCCGGUGGAGUGGCCAAAAGCAACUUCUUAGAAUGCAUUCGGAUGACUGGCAUGAUCAGCGAGGCGACGUCUGCCAGGCUCUCGGCGCGCGCGGAGGACUCGCAAGCAGAUACCGCACUCUGGCUGUCCUUGCGUGGGCCACUGCUCUUCUUUGCUCGGGAGUCAGGGCCCCUGAAGCCCUUCGCCUUCCUCCACCUCACGCAGUGGCUCACCGAAGUGGACCCUGCAAGGUCAACGUUCAUCUUGCAGGGCUCGGAUCGGGAGAGGGUGAAGAAGGAGGACUCUCCAGCCACCCGCCCGACCUUGCAACUCAUCGUGCUCUUACCGGACGGCCGAUUUCAGGCCUUCGAGUUUGCCCAGCUGGCCUUUAUGGUGGGUGACAAAGAUCGCCUGGCCAACUGGCUGGAAGGCCUCGCCUCCUUAAAGGAGCUGCCGGAUCUGGGCGAGGACGUUCCCGUCUAAGGCCUCAAAAA